UCGGUCACACUGCGUCUUGAAUUGUCAUUUGUAAGUGCUGUACACUUUUCGGUAGUGAAAGCGAAAAACUGACAAAUAGCACUUGAAGCUGAUCGAGUCUAGCAAAUAAAUCAUUUAAAAAAAAACCAUAAUGGCAGAUUUGAACGACUCCAAUGGAAACUACGACGACUGCGACGAGAUCACCGAGCCGGAGCAGCUACGCAAGCUGUUCAUUGGCGGUCUCGAUUACCGCACCACGGACGAUGGCCUUAAGGCACACUUCGAGAAAUGGGGAAACAUUGUCGACGUGGUGGUGAUGAAGGACCCCAAGACAAAACGCUCGCGCGGCUUCGGUUUCAUUACGUACUCGCAGUCAUACAUGAUCGACAAUGCCCAGAAUGCGCGCCCACACAAGAUCGACGGACGCACCGUGGAGCCCAAACGGGCUGUGCCACGCCAAGAGAUCGAUGCCCCUAAUGCCGGGGCUACCGUGAAGAAGCUUUUCGUUGGUGGACUGCGCGAUGACCAUGACGAGGAGUGCCUGCGCGAGUACUUCAAGGACUUUGGCCAGAUCGUUAGCGUGAACAUUGUCUCCGACAAGGACACAGGCAAGAAGCGUGGCUUCGCCUUCAUCGAGUUCGACGACUACGAUCCCGUGGAUAAGAUCAUCCUGCAAAAGAACCACACCAUUAAGAACAAGAACCUGGACGUGAAGAAGGCUAUUGCCAAGCAGGACAUGGACCGCCAGGGCGGCGGUGGUGGUGGUGGAGGGCUUGGUGGCGGUCGCGGCGCUCCUGGAGGUCGACCAGGUGGUGGUCGUGGCGGUGAACGCGGUCAGGGUGGUGGCGGCGGCGGCGGCUGGGGAGGCAACAACCGUCAGAACGGUGGCGGAAACUGGGGCGCCGGCGGCGGUGGCGGUGGAUAUGGCAACAACAGCAACUUUGGAAGCGGCGGUCAAGGUGGCGGCUCGGGUGGUUGGAACCAGGGCAGCAGCGGCGGUGGUGGUCCAUGGAACAGCCAGGGAGGUGGUAACAGUGGCUGGAACAAUGGAAGCAGUGGCGGCGGCUACGGUGGUGGCGGCAGCAACGGCAACUGGGGCGGAAACGGAGGAGGCGGUGGCGGCUUUGGUAACGACUACCAGCAGAGCUACGGCGGCGGACCACAGCGCAACAACUUUGGCAACAACCGACCAGCUCCGUAUAGCCAAGGCGGCAGCGGUGGUGGCGGCUUUAACAAAGGUAACCAGGGUGGUGGACAAGGCUUUGGCGGCAAUAACUACAACACUGGAGGCGGCCAGGGUGGCAUGGGCGGUGGCAAUAGACGUUACUAGACAAGGUAAACACACGUAGAGAGAGAGGGAGUGUCAGUUCAAGCUAGACAAACAGGCAGUCUAGGCAGGCAGAGGCAGUGGCAGUGGCACACUCUCAGGCAGGAAAUCAGCGAAAGGUGUGGUUGUCAGGCCAGGCAGACAAUAUCAGACCCAGUCCCAAGCGCAGUUCCCGUACCAGGCCCGAGUGCAAGUGCAAAACAAUAACAAAAAUCAGUUUUCAAGAACAACCCAAAAACCUGCUUGCCGAAAGCAAUAAUCAAGACAAACAAAUAAGCAAGCAAAAAAGCGAACCGACUCCAAUUGUCCACAGUUGGCUGCUGCUGUCUCUCUUUUGUAAACAUUAAUUCACAGAUCAAUUCUUGUUUAGGAUACUAAGAACCCUGAACGCUUAGUUUUAACUAUAUUAACAAAACAAACGAAAAAAGAAAACCAACCAACCAAUCAACAAAAAUAUAAACAUUUAUUUAAUAACAAUUUGACUACCAUUAGAAGCAAGUUGAGCGACAAAUUCUCAGCGAGAAUCGGUUGUAUCAGGGUGUAAUAAGGUAGAGUAACUUGAACUUUAUACAUGUCGGGAGGGCGAUGGCCCACAGCUAGAUGUAUUUUCUAUUUGUUUUUCAUUUUACACAAAGCUAUACCCGACAAAGAAUUCAAAUAGAACCAUAUUUUGUAAUUACCUUUUUGUACAUUUAAGCACUUUUAUAUUAUGAUUUAUUUAUCGUAAACAAGAGAGCCAAAAUUCCUGAGAAGCAAACGCGAACUGCAGAAUUGUGUCCUAGCAAGCGAAAAACAUAUACACGAAACAUACCAACUCUGUUAGUCCUUAAGAAGUAGAUGCUACGCUAAGCCAGAAUUGACUACAAAACAAAAACCACACCAUGUUCUGUAAUUAGUUCGUUGCGCGACAAACGAAGGCGAUGAGAUAUAAACAAAAUAAAAUGAUAACCAAUGUUACCAACCCACCCAAAACAAA